AUGGAAGAAGAAGACUGCACUAUUUUUAUUGAAGAACUCAAAAGUGAUGAUCCCACUCUCAAACUCAAUGCCGUAGACAAAAUUGUAACCAUAGCACAAAUCCUUGGACCUGCAAGGACAUGCCAAGAACUCAUCCCUUACCUAAUAGAUAUCAUUGAAGAAUAGGAUAACGAAGAUGAAUUCCUCAUUAAAUUAGCUAAAGAAUUAGUCAAUCUCAAACCUUACACUGGUGCCAAUAUUCAUUUGUUAAAUGCGCCUUUAGAAAUACUAAGUUCUAUGGAAGAGCCUUUAGUCAGAGAUAAAGCGGUAGAAUCUUUAAUCUUGCUUGCUGAAGGAAUGCCAAACAGUUUUUUUGAAAGUCACUUUUUUUAAAUUGUCCAAUAAUUAGGUCAAUGGGACAACUUUCCUUCCAGAAUAUCAGCAGCCAGUCUUCUACCUCUCACUUACAAACAUGUUUCAUUAGAAAAAUAGACUACUCUUUGGGAUUUAUUCAAAUAACUAUGUGGAGAUGACACUCCAAUGGUUAGAAGAGUUUGUGCAGGAGUUUUGCCUGAUCUUGCCAAAAUGAAAUGCUAACCAUAACAAUUAUUAUCAUUAUGGGAAGCAUUGCUCAAAGAUCCCAUCGAUAGUGUUAAAAUUAAAGCAAUUGAAGGAUCCCAAUAUAUGCUCAAAUUGAUUGAUGAAGAACAUGAAUUAGAAACAUAGAUUCAAGGAUACUUUGCUCUUGCUGAUCCCAAAGAAAAAAGUUGGCGUGUUAGAUAUACUGUUCCUGAGUGUUUUGAAAGCAUAAUUGACAUAAUAGUUAAACUAAAUAAAAAUAAAAGUAUUUUAAAAAAUCAAGCAGUUCCUGUGUUUUAAUAAUUACUUAAAGAUACUGAACCUGAAGUAAGAUCUAUGGCACUAAUAGCUAUCUAUCAUUUAUUAAAAGAGCUACCUGCUUCGAACAAAGAUUCAUUUUUACCAUUAUUCUUAGCUCUUUCUACAGAUACUUCAUAACAUGUUAGGAUGUCUUUGGCAGAACAAAUUUGCAAGAUAUCCAAAUAAUAUCAGGUUUAAAUCGUGUUGCAAAACUUCAUACCCUUAAUUACAACUUUGAUUAAGGAUGAUGUUGUAGAAAUCAAAAUCAUGCUCGCUCACAAUUUGGAUUAGUUAUCAUAAGCAAUUGGACAGGAAAACUCAAAAAAACACUUAGUUCCAUUGAUAUAGACAUUUGCAUCAGAGAAACAAUGGAGAUACAGAUUAGAAAUGAUGUCUAUCAUACCCAAACUUCUCAAGGUGGCAGGCUAUGACAGUUUCUUAGAGUUAUAGGAAGUUUACCUCGAAAAGGGUGUUUUGAAUCACUAUUAAGCAAUUAGAGAUUAGGCUAUAGAAAAUCUAGUCUAAUUGAGCGAAGUCUUUGGUUAUGAUAAGAUCAGGGAUUUCAUUUUAAAAUGCAUCAAUAUACAAUUCGAGCAUUAGAAUUACAUCUAUAGAGUGUCAGCUAUGCAUAGUAUUGCAAAGUUAAAGAAUACAUUAUCAAAGGAUGAUCUAGUAAAUUAAUUUAAAGAAGUAACCCAGAAGUCUUUGAAUGAUAAGGUUCCUAACGUUAGAUUGAAUAUUUUCAAGUUGUUCACAGCAAUCCAAAAUAAAUUAGACAACAAGACUCAAAAUGAGUUCAAAAAUAAAGCUAGAACUUUAUAAUAAGAUCAGGAUAUAGAUGUGAAAUAUUUUGCAUAAAAAAUUUGA